AUGCACCAAGGGCGAUCGGGCGAAGCGACACCGGCGCCAGCAGCGUCGGCCACCCGGGCGACGCCCCCGCCGAAGAAGGCGCCCUCGCCGGCGAAGGCGAAGCGCCCCCCGUCGCCGCACGAGAUCCAGCAGGUCGAGACGCUCACCAGCAAAUCCCUCAAAUCGAAACAGCAACAACCCCCGCAACACGAACAGCAGCAACCCAUCCCCGCAGCCAACACCGCCGGCAAUUCGUCGUCGUCGAAAAAGAAGGAGAAGAAGAUUGACGUGUGGGAGUGCGCGGAGACGCAGAUCCCGCCGGUACUGCGCUCCGAGUACCUGUUCGAGUUCCUGAGCGCC